AUGCAAGGAAAAUGUCCGUUAGAAACUAAUUCGCACACUUCGUUAGCGAACAAAACUUUAUCGCGCUCACAGAGGGUUAAUUUUUUAAAAAUAAAAAAAAUUCAAAUUUGUAAAAUUGAGUAUCAAAAAUUAAUUUAAUUUGCAAAAUUUAUGUUUUAAAAUGCAAACUAUUUAAAAUUAAACAGAAUUAGCUUGAGAUUUCAUGAUAAUAAUUAUCAUUUAUAUAUCAAAAUAAUUUUUUGAUAAAAAAUUUUUUUUCACUCAAGGAGGGGGAGUAAGAAUAGAGUCAACAAUUUGAAACCAAUUUCAAGAAAUAUUUUCAGUAAAACAAUGAUAACAUUCAAUUUGACCCCAACAAACACAACAUCAGAGCGCACUCCAAGUAACAAUAAUGAAAAGAGAGCUAAAAACAUAAACAUCUUUGAAACAAAACGCAUUUUAAAACUUUCAUCUCCUAGAAACUCCAAACCAACUUUGAUAAUAAAAAAGCGAUCUAAAACACCUGUUUCCACUAGCCAUGUAGCAAAUCAUGGCUCUGCAAAUAAAGAUGAAAACGCUAAAGACCCUAUUGAUUUUUAUGAUUUUGGGAAGGUACUUGGCAUCGGAUCUUAUGCAGUUGUAAAAGAAGCACUUCAUAUUCCAUCACAAGCCAGAUAUGCCGCCAAGAUUUAUGAAAAAAGCAAACUGGUAGACCCUCAUAAAAAAAGAAACGUCAAAAAAGAAAUAAUGAUUAUGCAAACUUUAAAUCAUCCUUUUAUUAUUAAAAUGAAAGAAUUUAUAGACACAAAAAGCCAAAUAUAUAUAAUUAUGGAAUAUGUUGGAGGGAUGUCCCUCCAUAGAUAUCUCAAAGCGCUUCCCAAUAGACGAGUCAAUGAAUGUGAAGGUAGGAGAAUUUUUGGGCAAAUAUUAUCAGCCAUAGAUUAUUGCCAUGCAUUAUUUAUUGCUCACAGGGAUAUUAAGCUGGAAAAUAUCAUGAUUGAUAAAUCUAAUAAUGUCAAGCUGAUUGACUUUGGAUUUUCAACCUACACGUCAAGUGAUAAAAAGAACACAGUUUUUUGUGGAACUCCAAGCUACAUGGCACCUGAAAUUGUGGCAAGGAGGGAGUAUUAUGGAAGAUCAGCAGAUAUAUGAGCGUUAGGUGUGCUUUUAUACGUGCUUCUAUGUGGAAAUUAUCCAUUCCGAGGCAAAUCUGACCAAGAAGUAUAUAAAAAUAUAUUGAUUGGAAAUUUUGAAGAGCCAACUGGGAUCUCAUUUUUUGCAAAAUCACUGAUAAGAAAAAUUUUGCAGACUGAUUGAAAUAAAAGGCCAACGUGCUCUCAAAUAAGAGAUGACCCAUGGAUGAAAUUCUCUGGAGUUUUGCAGAGUUCAAAUAGUCAUAUUGAUUUGGAUAAAUGCGAGCAUAAUGCUCCUAAAUCUAUAAAAGGAAGAGAGAACAAAGAAAAUUAA